CUCGCCCUUCGCAGGCAUGGUGCGCUGCAGUUGCGUGUUGUUCAGAAAGUAUGGAAACUUCAUUGAUAACCUGAGACUCUUCACCAAGGGAGGAAGUGGUGGAAUGGGCUACCCUCGUUUAGGUGGAGAAGGUGGAAAAGGUGGUGACGUCUGGGUUGUAGCCCAUAACAAAAUGACUUUAAAACAACUUAAGGAUAAAUAUCCUCAGAAACGUUUUGUGGCUGGAGAAGGAGCAAACAGUCGAGUUAGUGCACUGAAAGGCUCCAAAGGAAAAGACUGUGAAAUUCCUGUACCUGUGGGUGUUUCAGUAACUGAUGAAAAUGGUAAAAUUAUAGGAGAACUCAAUAAAGAGAAAGACAGAAUUUUGGUAGCUGAAGGAGGUCUUGGUGGUAAAUUACUUACAAAUUUCUUACCAUUGAAAGGCCAGAAGCGAGUAAUUCACCUUGAUCUAAAACUUAUAGCUGAUAUUGGCCUGGUGGGAUUCCCAAAUGCUGGAAAAUCCUCCUUGCUAAGUAAGAUUUCUCAUGCGAAACCUGCAAUUGCAGAUUAUGCAUUUACAACAAUAAAGCCUGAACUUGGAAAAAUUAUGUAUAGUGAUUUCAAACAGAUAUCAGUAGCUGAUCUUCCUGGUUUAAUAGAAGGAGCACAUAUGAACAAAGGAAUGGGCCACAAAUUCCUCAAGCAUAUAGAAAGAACUAAACAACUGCUUUUUGUUGUUGAUAUUUCUGGAUUUCAGCUUUCUUCCCAAACUCAUUACAGAACUGCUUUUGAAACCAUAAUACUGCUUUCAAAAGAGUUAGAGUUGUACAAAGAGGAACUUCACACAAAACCUGCACUCCUAGCAGUAAAUAAAAUGGACUUGCCAGAUGCACAGAAUAAAUUCCAUGUACUGAUGAACCAACUCCAGAAUCCUAAAGAAUUUUUGCAUUUAUUUGAAAAAAACAUGAUUCCAGAGAAGACUGUGGAAUUCCAGCACAUCAUCCCCAUCUCUGCAGUUACUGGAGAAGGAAUUGAUGAACUAAAGAGCUGUAUAAGGAAAUCUGUGGAUGAACACGCCAACCAGGAAAAUGAUGCAUAUCAUAAGCAGCAGUUGCUUAACCUACAUAUUUCCAAUACAAUAUCUUAUAGUGAGCCACCAUCAAAGAAUGCUGUUUCUAGUCCUAGAAUGGAUAUAACUUAAAUGUAUUAAAGGUGAUACCGAAAUUGUGUUCAUUUGAAAGCUCUUUGACUAACACUUUUUAGAAUGUUGGUUACUAAACUGGUGUAUAUACAUCAUUCAAGAACCAUAUUUUUAAAGAUGUUUUGUAGUUAACAGAUUAACAGAUGUUUUAUUAA